CAAGUUUCUAAAAGUUGCGGAAAUAACCGCACGCGACUUUUUAUAACUGGUCCGGCGUGUUUUUCCAGCUGGAUCGAAAAAAAAAAAAUUGAAAGGGCCAUUCCACAUUCAUCCGUUCUCACCAACCCACAGGUUUUUCUUCCAGUUCUUGCCAAUUCUAUGAAUCGCAACAGUACAUUAGGAUCGUGGCUAUCCGGUGGCGCAAGGACAAAAAGUAGAACAAAAAGAAAGCCAAGUUCGGUUCAAUCACAUUCUCAAUGGGCGAACCACUCGGAGAAUGUCGCACCCAAUGAUCACGAUCACGAUCACGAUCGCGAACUGCAGUACGCCUUGGCAUUAAGUCAACAAGAAGCGAAACGACAGCACGAGCAGGAACUCGAGCUACUUCGCCAUUACGAGAAACAGGCCAAAUCACGUCAACAUCGCACGCAUGCACCGCUGGGCGAUCGUACCAAUCGAUCAUUACCAACAACGCAUGAUGCUGUAAUACCGGUGAAAGAAGAACAUGUAAUUCCUGUGAUUUUCAAUUCAGAGGAAAAACCUUCAGUGCGUGCGAACGACAAUGUUAAAUCUGAGCAACAACGAGCACCGCACCCUGUAAAUAAUGAAGAAGGCUUCGAAAUAGACGAUUUAUCUGCUUGGAUCGAGGCAGAAGCCAAUAGCCGUCCCAGCGAGUUGGACCAAAGCCCAAAGCGACCUUCUCGAUCCAGCCUGUUGGAUGACGAUAUAUUCCAAUCAAGUCCAAUGCGACCCCUCUUCUUUGAAGAAACGGAGGGCAGUCCCCUUCACCACGAUAUCACCAUUCCUGCGUCCUCAGAUACAUUAAAUACCCCUCGUCUACCAAGUGAACAAGGCGAACCGCUCUUACAGUCCAGUCCGGUGGCACCUUUAUUUUUUGAAAGUGUGUUCGACGAUGACAGUCAUGAAAGACAGACAUUCAGCCCCACAACACAAGAAGAUGAACAAAACCAAUGGCAAAGUAAACGGCGGAAAUUCCGUGAUAUUGGCUCGUCAUCUUCGAGCGAUGAUGAUGAAGCCCUGGAUCUGGAUCAAUUUGUCGAGAAAUUACUGUCACGUCGUCAAAUAUACCCACCUCGCAUACCAAGGAACCCUCCGAGGUCCGCACAGUUGAAGGAAUGCCCCAUUUGUUCCUGUCGAUUCCCAGAGAAUAGAAUUAUAUUACAUGCCGCCAAUUGUAUAGGAGCUUCUCCAGACAAGCAAGGCGACGAAGCUUCAAUUUCGGAUCGAUUAUUACUGGAGAAACACCUUCAUCGUAACAAUCAAUCUCAAUCUCCCGUGGAUGAUGAUACCACUUUGCCACUCGAAAAAGAAAACCCAUUGUCGCAUGAUGCAGCUCACAAAAAGAACCAAAUGGAUCAUGACAGCGUAGCGCAUAUACCGGGAGAGAAUGAUCCGUUUACUACAUCAGACAACGAAGCAGGUGACGAUGUGGAGCAAGUGGAUAUGUGUACCAUUUGCGGAGAAUGGAUUGCAACUGAAGCGCUAGAGAAGCAUAUGAACGAUGAACUGGAAGAAUUGGAUCGAAGGAAGGCUGAGGCUUUGCAAGAUCGGGAUCGGUGUACUGGCGGGGAUUUAAACGAGGGCUCGGCCUAUUCCACGGAUCACAAUAGUCAGCCGUCCUCUUCCACGCUGCACAUACCAAGGAAAUCCAUGGCGACAGGUGUAGCACGUCAUGAAGCUUCUAGAAUGAGACACUGUACAAAUCGAGUGGGUAGUACGAACCACUACGCGACAAACGACGAGGUGCUGGAGGAUACAUUUGAUGCCGCAGGCUUUGGAGGCGAAGCGUGUGGCUUAAACUGGGAAUCCGUAGGCCAAUCUCAUUACGGUUAAGCACCUCUUUAACAAAGUUUGUACAAUAAGCCUUUGUACAACGUUGAUAUAAAAAUAGGUUCAACUACUGAAUUUGAUUGAGCCCGCUGCCUUUUUUUUUUUGUUGGUGUCUGGUCAG